AACCCUGCUCCUCGCUGAAGAUGGAGGAAGUAAAAACAGGAUUACCCUUAGCUACAGAUCCACUGCCUUAGUUUCCACCACCAACUGCAGUGCACAAACACACGUUAGGCACAGGAAAGAAAGAAAGAGAGAGGACACAUUAACAGUAAACACAAACAAAAGGGUGAUGGGAUUAUUUUACUGCAUGCACUGCUGAGCCCGACAUUGUCACCUCCUCUUUGAGGGGUUAGAAGAAGCUGAGAUCUCCCGACAGAGCUGGAAAUGGUGAUGAAUCUUUUUUAAUCAAAGGACAAUUUCUUUUCACUGCACUUUGACUAUGGAAACAGAGGCUAUUGAUGGCUAUAUAACAUGUGACAAUGAGCUUUCACCUGAAAGGGAGCACUCCAGUAUGGCAAUUGACCUCACUUCAAGCACACCCAAUGGACAGCAUGCCUCACCAAGUCACAUGACAAGCACAAAUUCAGUAAAGGUAGAAAUGCAGAGUGAUGAAGAGUGUGACAGGAAACCCCUGAGCCACGAAGACGAGAUCAGGGGCCAUGAUGAGGGUAGCAGCCUAGAAGAACCCCUAAUUGAGAGCAGCGAGGUGGCUGACAACAGGAAAGUCCAGGAGCUUCAAGGCGAGGGAGGAAUCCGGCUUCCGAAUGGUGAACGCCCCUUCCACUGUAACCAGUGUGGAGCUUCUUUUACUCAGAAGGGCAACCUUCUGAGACACAUAAAGUUACACUCUGGAGAGAAGCCGUUCAAAUGUCCUUUCUGUAGCUACGCCUGCAGAAGAAGGGACGCCCUCACAGGACACCUCAGGACCCAUUCUGUGGGUAAACCUCACAAGUGCAACUACUGUGGACGAAGUUACAAGCAGCGCAGUUCACUGGAGGAGCACAAGGAACGCUGCCACAACUAUCUCCAGAAUGUCAGCAUGGAGGCUGCUGGGCAGGUCAUGAGUCACCAUGGAGAAAAGCUCAUGCGAUUCAGCUACCCAGAUAUUCACUUUGAUAUGAACUUAACAUAUGAGAAGGAGGCUGAGCUGAUGCAGUCUCAUAUGAUGGACCAAGCCAUCAACAAUGCAAUCACCUACCUUGGAGCUGAGGCCCUUCACCCUCUGAUGCAGCACCCGCCAAGCACAAUCGCUGAGGUGGCCCCAGUUAUAAGCUCAGCUUAUUCUCAGGUCUAUCAUCCAAAUAGGAUAGAAAGACCCAUUAGCAGGGAAACCUCUGAUAGUCAUGAUAACAACAUGGAUGGCCCUAUCUCUCUUAUCAGACCAAAGAGUCGACCCCAGGAAAGAGAGGCCUCUCCCAGCAACAGCUGCCUGGAUUCUACUGACUCAGAAAGCAGCCAUGAUGACCACCAGUCCUACCAAGGAAACCCUGCCUUAAAUCCCAAGAGGAAACAAAGCCCAGCUUACAUGAAGGAGGAUGUCAAGGCUUUGGAUACUACCAAGGCUUCUAAGGGCUCUCUGAAGGACAUCUACAAGGUCUUCAAUGGAGAAGGAGAACAGAUUCGGGCCUUCAAGUGUGAGCACUGCCGAGUCCUUUUCCUAGACCAUGUCAUGUACACCAUUCACAUGGGUUGCCAUGGCUACCGGGACCCACUGGAAUGCAACAUCUGUGGCUAUAGAAGCCAAGACCGUUAUGAGUUUUCAUCACACAUUGUCCGAGGGGAGCACACAUUCCACUAGGCCUUUUCAUUCCAAAGGGGACCCCUAUGAAGUAAAGAACUGCACAUGAAGAAAUACUGCACUUACAAUCCCACCUUCCUUCAGAUGUUGACAUACCUUUUAUUUUUUUUAAAUAUUACUGUCGAUAAUUCUUAUUUUGUGGACGCAGUGUCAUUUGGUCUGCCUAAUAGGGAAGAAAUAGAAGAGAGAAGGGAUGGGGAUGGGGAUAUUGUUUCUUGAUCACUUGGCUUGUUUAUUUUGUGGGAAUUUAAGAGCAGUUCAUUUCUGCCACACGUAGAUAUAAGGCAUAUCAUGCUUUGAAAAAAAUCACCUGAUUCGUAUAGAUUCACCUAAGAGAUUCUAAUUUGUCACUGAUAUUCAGGAUUAUGAUUGAAAGCAGGAAAGUUUAGAGUUUUCGGGGUAGGACUUCAGCAGUUUAAAAUGGUAUAAGUAAUUUUACUCUUGAAAAAAGAAUUUGUUGCAAAAUGUAAACUGAUUUUUUUUGUUCUUUGGAGAUCAUGGAACACAAACACAUUGUUAUUUUUGGUGAUAACUCCUAGGAUGAGUUGAGUUGUUGUGGGUUCUAUGUUUACUUCCCCUAUGGAAUUUAUAAUUCAGUAUGUUUUACACUGUACCAUAUAGCAAAAGUUUUAAACUGCAGGUAGUUAAGGACCACCUACAAUACAUCUGAGGUCCUGUGAUAUUAUUUUUCUAAACUUAAGCACUGUUUUUCCAUAGUUUUGAUGACUGGCAUUUUAUAGACACCCUGGCAGCCUUACUUUUAACACCUUUAACAAAUAGUAUUUUUAUGCAGUUUUCAGAAUAACAUAUGGUCUAAGAGUGGAUAGGAGGCAGUCAAUUUCUGGGAGGGACUUCUACUUUUCAUAAAUUUGAGAGGUUUUUCUUUUAAAGUUUUAAAUGUGAUGGCAGCAUGGUAUACAUAUUUGUUUCUAAAAGUAUGCUUACGAUUGUCACUUUAAUCAGCAUUUAAUCAGUGUUAACCAGUCAGCAGAAAAAUAUAAUUAGGCUAACAGUAGGGAGAAAACCCACUUAUAAAAUCCUUUUCCUGGUAUUUCUCUUUUCACUGUUUUUUUUUUUUUUUUUUUCAAGCUGUGACCACCCAGUGUUCUCUCCACAGUUCAUUCAUCUUUUACUCUUCCAGUAGAAGGUCUUAAAAGUCUUGCUGUAGGCUAUUUCUUUCAAAAAUCUCCUCGGGGCAAUUGCUGAUUUGACCUGAAUGUGGUAACUUGAACCCUGUAAGGUUAUUGAACUCGGGCUAUUUAUUCUAGUAUUUCUUCAGUAAUAAUAUUUACUACUUUUGCUGAAAAGAAAAGGGAACUUCUUUGUAACCUGUACAUUGGAC